AUGCAAAUAAGCAGGAGAGAUGUAGAAAAUGAAAGAGAUAAUUAUCUCUUGAAAUAGAUAAAAGACCUUGAAUAGCAGUCUUAUGGGGAUGAAACUAACUCUUUUAAGGAUUUAUAAUAUGAUGAUUUCCCUUAAUUCCCUUUCGAGGACAGAAGUGUCAUUAACAGCAUUAAAAAGUAAAACUAGUAUGUCAAAAAUAAAAUGAACUCUUACUAAUAUGAGACUUAUAAAGAUGGGAUUAUUGAAAUAAUGGCUGAAAGUCUACCAAUGGUGAAAAUAAUAUCUUAAAAGUCUCCAAGUUAUCGAAUGGGAAAGAAGUUGUCAAUUGAUAAAUAGAAAAAGAUUCAUUAAAGUGACCUUAAGAUUAAUAUGAAAAAAUCUAAAGCUCAUAAUAAAAUGAUUGCUCACAAGACAUUUGACGCAUCAAUGCAAAAGAACAAGAAGAAUUUAAAUGAGAGCGCUAAUAUUCUGGAGAGAAUCAGAAAAAAUAGGAAUAGUGUUGAACCAUCCAGAAACGAGGGAGUUGUGACUACUUAAUCACCCAUUAAAAGAAGGUAAAUGACAAUCAAUGAUUCAGAUAAAGAGCCGAGCUUUUUAAAUCCUAACAGAAAAUCUAAUGCUACAAUGGAUUCUACAAACUAUCCAGCUUCACUUUAAAACAAAGCUAAAUAUCUCGAAAAAUAAAAGCUACCCUUGAUUAGAUAAUAAAAAUCAGAGUAAACAUAUAAUGAAUAUAGCUUUGCUGAUCCCAGGUAAUCUAUUACAAGUUCAGUUAAGUAUGGGGAGAGAACACCGAAGAAAUCUUUUUUAGAGAUGAUUGUGCCAAGCAUCAUUCCCUAAAAUAAAAAGUAUAAGUCAUAUAAAAAAGAAUUAGUUACCUAAAUGCUUAGUGACAAUCAGAAGUAAAAUGAAUGGCUAGCAAAUAAAAUUGCUUACCUAAAGUUUGAUAAAAACAACCAAGAAUUGGAAUAAUCCAGGAAUAUUCCUGAUACUACAUUUUAUUCGAGCACAAAUGGAAUAGAAUAACUAAUCAAUGAUGAUAAUAAAUCUGCAAAUAGCUAAUUUUAUUAAACAAAGCAAGACAGAGAGAAAAUUAAUCAACUAAUGUAUAGAACAUCUUACAAUGUGAAUGCUUAAGGGAAAUCCAAUAAUAUCAAUAAAAGUUAAGAAUAUGUUUCCAGUUUCUUUUAAGAUAGCAAGAGUACGAAAAAUCAGCAUCUGCCAAGAAUGAUGGUUGACUCAAAGAUUAUUGAUUAUGAGGAGACCUAAAAGUUUUUGAAUGAAAUUAUUGGUGGAUAGUAAAAUAAUCAAAUAAAUAUCAAUAAUGACUAGAUGAUAUACUAAUAAAGAAUGAAUUCCUAACAUAACCCUUUUACAAAUGCGAGGAGUUCUUUAGCUUAUGGUAGCACAAAAUAGACGAUUGAACAUUUAUCAACUAAAAAUUAAGACACAAUUUUGAAUGGACUUCCAAACUAUCUUAGAAUAGAUUAACUUAAGAAUCAUAGAUAUAAGGUAAAUUAGCUUAUCAAGAGUAGAGAUAUUAGGAAGCAAUUCAGACAAUAGCAAUUUAUUGCACGUCCCAGUUAGCAACUAGUUGAUCCUCUUUAACAACACUGUGAUCAUAAAAAGAUCUGUUCAUGCUCAAGACAUAAAUCUUCAUCGAUCAGAUAAUCUCCCAUUGCAUAACGACUAUAAAAUGAAUAAAUUUUAAAUUAAUCAAAGUAAUCACCUACUUCAAGAAAUAUAUCUUCAAUUCAAUUCAAUACUACAGCCUUUAAGGGAUAAGAUAAUCAAAUAGUUCAAAAUCGUAGUGCAGUUAUGAACAAUAGCAAUAAAUCUCCUAUAAGAGGCUAAUAAACAUAGUCUUAAUCAAGACUAUAAAUGAUGAUGAAUAAGACAUAGAGUUUGGAUAAUAAAUUUUCAGUAGAAAAGAUACUUAGAAAUGAUAAAAGGAAUAGCAUCAUUCUCAGGGAAGAAUAGAAAUAAAUUAAUUACAAUCAAUCAAAAAAGUCAUUGAAUAGAAUUAAAUCACCAAUUACAAACAAUUCCUCUUAGACAAAACUUAGUCCUAGAAGAGAAAUAGCGAGACCACCAAGAUUUACAUUAAACGAUCUACCCAAAUACUCUAAAACUCUAAAAGUUAGGAUCUUUGAUUCUAUUUAGAUUACUUAAGUAUUAGGGGGUAAAUAUUAUAAGAUGUAGCAAGACUAAUCUCCCCCUAGAUCUCCGAAUAGAGAAAUUGAAUGGACUAAAACUCCAGCAUACAGGCAAUUUGUGCUGAAACUUACAGAAAUAAACAGUUUAGAAAACUAGCAAGUUGGAUUCCGAAAAUAUCGACUAUAAAACAAAUUCAGAACAAUAUGGGAAUUUGAGGAAGAUAUGAAAAAUAAGAAAUUUAUGAAAGGGCUACUAGAAAAUACACUUAAAAAUAUUUAUUCUGAAUCUGAAGUUCAAUACUUUAUUACCAUUUUAAAGAAGAAAGCUCUAGAUUAAGCUUAAAUGGACUAAAUUCUUGAUAAAGCCCAUGAUACCUUAGAGGUACUGAUGUGUAAACAUGGGUUGAAAGAUUAAUUUGAUCAUGUUAUGGACUAAUAUGAUAAAGAUCGAGAUGCCAAUUUUAAGGUUACUUUGAUAAAGCAGUUAAUAAGAUGUAAAAUAAUGUAUGUAUCUUUGGGUUAGAUCGAGUUGAUAUUCAAAAUCAUUAAGUAAAGAGAUGAUAUUUAACUAAAGAUAGCAGAAAUUGAAAAAUUUAGAGUGAAUUAGCCUGAUCUUGAUAAGCCAAUCAAUCCAAUACCUCUAAAUUAUGAUUUGCCAUUCAACAUAAAUGAUUUUAAGGAAUUACCUAAGGAGUAGAGAGAUGUUUUAGAAGAAAAUAUAGCAUUGUAUUGCUAUUAGUCUUCUAGACUUUUCAUUCAAAUUACCUCAUUUUUAGUUGACAGUCAAUUGUUUAAAAGACUCAAGUUCAUGUAUGAGGGAGAAGAUUUUCAAAAGCGAAUUAUAAGAGAGGUCCAUUAGUUAAGGUAAUAAUAUAAGGUAGAAUUCGGAGAAGAUAAAAUACCCAAGAUGGAUGAACAUGGUAAGCUGAUUUUCGAUAACUAAAAUUGA